CGCGUGACUUCCUUCGACCGAAGAGUUUCCGGAUCUCAAACUCCAGGAAGAGCGGCGCGUUGGCGGGGGCCGCUCAGCAGGUCAGUGAGAAUCUGAGACGCGCUGGUAAGGAAGCAUGCAGGCGUGUGUGUGGCGUCCCCCCCAGGUCGUGGCCUCGCUAUGGAGAUGGGGUACUCCAUUGAACUGUAGGUCAGCCCACUUUAAGCCCAGCAGACAGACACUGAGAUUGGAGAGUCAUGGAAAGUCCAGAGAGCAGCAGUUGGCUCGGCAUGGUGGAAGUGUGGACAGGACCUUCGGCUCAAAUUCUGCCACUUCAGACCCUGUGCAGAUUCACAAGCAGAGACUUACACUGUGGUUCAGCCACAUGCCUCGAGAGGAAAAGCAGUUUGGAGAAUUAUUCUCUCCAGUGGCCAUGCAUGUGGAUCCUCUGAUUGUUGAAGCCCAUCCACAACAACAUGGGCACAAAGUGACCUCCAUAAAAGACCAGGCUUUGCUUUCACAGCAGCAGCCCCUCAGUGUAGCCCAGCUCUUUGACGAUUUGACCGGGUCUGAACUGAAACACGGGCAGAAUGUUGUUUUGUAUGGUGGUGUCGGGACCGGGAAAAGCACGGUAGUCCAGAAGCUAGUUCUGGAUUGGUGCUCUGGAGUGGCACUAUCCCAGUUUGGCCUGGUCAUCCCGUUUUCCUGUGAGGACCUGUCAGUGUGCACCCAGGCUAUAUCGCUGCGGAAGCUGGUGGCUAGGAAGUACCUGCACCUCCGAGAUGUUCCACAACUCAGGGGGGACAGCACCUCUGCACAUGAUGUACUCUUCAUCUUCAAUGGCCUGGAGCAGAUGAAACUGGACUUCCGCAUUUCCAGUACGGAACUCUGCAACAACCCAGAUGAGCCUCUCAGUGCGGCUGGCAUUCUGGUCAACCUGCUCCGCAAGUACCUUCUGCCAGAGGCCAGCAUCCUGGUGACUAGCAGAAUGUCAGCCCUGGACAUGGUGCCCACCAAGUACGUGAACCACUAUGUACAGAUCCGAGGCUUUGGUGACAUUGAACAGCAGCGUGCCUACUUCACCAGCCGCCUGGGCCAUGGUUCUGAGGAGCUCAUGAGUCUGCUCUACAUGAAUCUGCAGCGAGAGUCCCAGCUGGCGGCUGCCUGCUUCUUGCCCUCAUACUGUUGGCUGACUUGUGCCAUCCUGCACUUCCUGCACUUCACUGACUCUCACGCCCCCCUUUGCUCCCUGACUGGCAUCUACACUGGCUUUCUGCGACUCAACUUCGCUGGAGAGAUCUUGGUGGCAGGUGCCAGUGGUCCACAACAGAGCAUCUCACUCAUGCGCUACGUUGUCAAGACGGUGGGUAAGGUGGCAUAUGAGGGUAUCCGCGCCAAGAAGACCUCCUUCACUGAUGAGGAGUUACAGGAGUGGCUCGACACCAAGUCCCAGACAGAUGAAGAACUCCAGCAGCUGGGGGUCUUACGCACAGAUGUUUUGGACUUCUUCAUUGCUCACCGUCUAGAUGGCAACUCUGAUGAGACAAGACACGUUUUUGUUAUUCCCACCAUGCAGGAGUACCUUGCUGCCCUGUAUGUGGUUCUGGGUGAGAAGAAAACUGUGCUGGAAGUGCUGGGGAAGGAGGUCUCAGAGGCUAUCGGUCAAGUCAGUGAAGAUCUGACCACCUUGUUGAACAUCUUGGCCAAGUUCCUGCCUCUGCGUGUCUUUGCCUUUUUUAACUUGUUGAAGAUGUUCCCCAGCUUGUACCGUAGGAUCAGCGGGCGCAGCAAGGGCAGCAUUGGCCACACCAUGGCCAAGGAGAUGUUCAAGGAGGAGGACCUGAUGAAUGAGGAUGUCUUGGAUCAGGUGGAGCAAAGCUUGCUGGGGGUACAGGGCCCCGCUCCCCGUGAGCAGCAGACCAAAGACUCCUUCGAGCUCUUCCCUAUCUUCAUGGGCGGCCUUCUGGCACACAGUAACAGGGUCCUGCUGGAACAUAUGGGGUGCAACAUCAAAAGUUCGUCUGUCAUCCAGAUUGCCCACACCCUCAAGAAGCAUCUGAUCAGCAGCAGCCAGAAGAAGCUGCCCCCCGAGGAGCUGGUGGACUUUCUCUUCUUCCUGUAUGAGUUUCAGAACCAAAGCUUCACGGCUGAGGUACUGCGCUCCCACAGCCGCCUCAACCUGUCAUCCGUACGGAUGACACCCCUCAAAUGCUUCGUCUUGACCUCCGUCAUGUCCACACUUCCGCCCACGCAUCUGCUGGAUGAGCUGGACUUGUCCUCCUGCCAUCUGACCCCGGAGGGGCUGCUUACACUCCUGCCUGUCCUGCUCCGGUGCCGAAAUGUUAAUUUGCAGUUUAACAACCUUCACCCGGUGGCCUGCGAGCACAUCAGAAGUAUUCUGCUGGACAGCAACUGCGCCAUCCAGUCCCUCCACCUCUGUGACAACCCGCUGGCUGAAGAGGGGGCUCGCAUCCUGGCAGAGACGCUGGUCGGCAGCCAUUCCCUCAAGCAUCUCUCUCUCAUGCACACUGACCUGGGUGAUGGAGGUGCCAUUGCCCUGGCAGCCCACCUGAAGGACAAUACUGGACUGGAGGAGCUCAACGUGGCAUACAACUCCAUUUGUGACCAUGCCUCCCUGAAGCUGGUGGAAGCAUGUCGAGACCACCCAACUUUGGACCGAGUGCAUCUCUACCUCAACCCAGUGAGUGAAACUGGAAAGCUGGCCCUCCAUAGCGCAAGCCAAGGCAACCAAGGCAAAGUGAAGAUGCUGGUGUCCGUCACUCAGGGAGAGAACGUCUCGGAGUACUGGGAGGUGAUCCUUAAUAUUGUGAAGAAGAACAGUGCCACCUGGGACCGGGCCCGGGUUCAAGAGCACCUGCAGCUGUUCCUGCGUGAUCUGGAGGGCGGACGGCGCACCUCUCGGAGCAUCUGGAAGAAAGGGCACUUUCGCAGGGUGGAGAGGGAAGUGCGAGAUGUGCUCAGAAGGUUGGGACACGACUGAAAGUCAUUCGCGCAGCCCCCUUGUCUGAAGGUGGGAGUCUGGGGUGCAGUAUAAUGCAACGUAUCCAUAGUGCUUUUGACUCUCUGGAAAAAAUCCCGGGGUGACAGACACUAGAGGAUGGCCAUAAGUGCCUUAGCUUCUGUUUGCAAAGGGGGUGCCCAAUAUUUUCAUUGACACAGCUUGGAGGAGGAAUUAUAUCAAUUUGCUUGCUCUUCUCCUCCACCAUGGACAGCUCUAUGCAGACAUGGACAAAUGUCCAGAUUUGUCCAGCACAGGAGAUGCGUAAUGCCACUAGAGUGGUGGCACCCACUUUUCUGACAAUAUGGGCGCUUGCAGCUACACAUGCCAGUGCCAGUGCCUAUUCACCUGCCAGCAGAAUAAACUGUGUGGUGGAAUUGGUCCAAGUCUUUCCUUAUUUUAUUUUAUACCAUGGGGUCACUGCAUAGUGUCAGGGCACUGGCCUCCUCCUGCCAAGAAGUGACUAUUUAGUGGCACUGGCACACCCUUCCCGUUUUAACAAUGGAGUGCGGUAUACGGCUGCACUUUCCAUGAUCUGCCAGCAGGGGGAGCUGUAUAUUGUGAAAUGUGUAAAACAUUGGCCACUUCUGUAACUGCUAAUAAGAGAAUGUUUCAAGUGGCUCGGGUCCUCUCUCCCCUUUCUGCCUGAAGGUGGCGCUGUCUAGGAACGCCAGUGCACUUUUACUUUUCUCCUUCUGUCAAUCUGGGAAUGUUGGGGAUAGUUUGGGGCUUCAAGGGAAAGUUAGGCAGGCAUUAGUUUUAUUGGGUGAAGGGAUGUUGUGCAAUUUGGGGGGGGGGGGGGGGGGGGGUUUGUUGUUUAAAUAGUAUAUCACAGUAGAUCUAAUCAAGUGAGUGAGCGAGCGAGAACAGUGCGCGUUAGCAACACCAAGAUGACUGUGCGUUCAUCAUUUUUGAGGAAUAUGCCAUUAAGAGAAGAUGCAUGAAGUUAUUACUUCACAAUCAUGGAUUAUACUAAUUUGCCACAUGAAAGGGUGCUCUAAAGUGAAGCAUGUUUUAUACAUUUUAAAAAGUAACAAGCCUAUUGUGUUUUAUAAUGGAGAUUAAAGGGUACCAGAGUCCAAAUGUGAUAAAAAGUGGCAAAAGUUUAGUUUUAAGAAAAUGGGCCUUCCGUGUUUCUGAGCUAAGCUUGUGACGACAAAAGUAAACUGGAAAUUAAUAUGUUUUAUCACAGCAGCCCCCAGGAUAUUUCGUAAGGCAGUUGUUAUGUUGGGCAGCAUGGUGGCGCAGUGGUAGCGCUGCUGCCUCGCAGUAAGGAGACCUGGGUUCGCUUCCUGGAUCCUCCCUGCGUGGAGUUUGCAUGUUUUCCCCGUGUCUGUGUGGGUUUCCUCCGAGCGCUCCGGUUUCCUCCCACAGUCCAAAGACAUGCAGGUUAGGUGGAUUGGCGAUUCUAAAUUGGCCGUAAUGUAUGCUUUGUGUGUGUCCUGCGGUGGGUUGGCACCCUGCCCGGGAUUGGUUCCUGCCUUGUGCCCUGUGUUGGCUGGGAUUGGCUCCAGCAGAUCCCCGUGACCCUGUGUUCGGAUUCAGUGGGUUGGAUAAUGGAUAGAUGGAGUUGUUAUGUUUCAGAUGGCUGGGGUUCAAAUGUCUCUUUUCUGUUUGCUGUGUUCAUCUUUUUAAUGUUGAUAGUGCUGAUCGUUCAGUUUCUUUAUGCCUAGGUAACUGCUGCUGUGUGCCGUGUGUCUUGGCAGUUCAUUGUAUGCAGCUGUGGUGUGGUGAGUGUCGGCGGAUUUGUGGUUGUUCUGACGUUUUUGUGACUACUGGAUUUUUGACCCCUUUUUUGCUGUUUAUUUUUGGAUUUGUUUGCCUCUGGAUUGUAUAGCGGGUAACUCCUUUUAUCUCUUGUGCUUCAUUUUGCAACAGAGCAUUUUUUGUAAAAAAAAAAAAAAAAAAAUUCUUUGUAGUCCUCUUUGUGAUUAACCAGGGUAUGAUGGCUUCCCCCACCCCACCCUAGUGGACAUUUUUGAGUGCUUAGGAACUCUCUAGUUCACAACAAUCUUUUUCUUCUUAAUUGAUGUCAUAAACAAAUAGUAAGGAAGCUAAAGAGGAAAAGGCAUUUUCAUGUAUAGAUUUUGAAGAAGGGUGGCACGGUGGUGCAGUGGGUAGCGCUGCUGCCUUGCAGUUAGGAGACCCGGGUUCGCUUCCCGGGUCUUCCCUGCGUGGAAUUUGCAUGUUCUCCCCGUGUCUGCGUGGGUUUCCUCCCACAGUCCAAAGACAUGCAGGUUAGGUGGAUUGGCGAUUCUAAAUUGUCCCUAGUGUGUGCUUGGUGUGUGUUUGUCCUGCUGUGGGUUGGCACCCUGCCCAGGAUUGGUUCCUGCCUUGUGCCCUGUGUUGGCUGAGAUUGGCUCCAGCAGACCCCCGUGACCCUGUGUUCGGAUUCAGCGGGUUGGAAAAUGGAUGGAUUUUGAGGAAACCCCACCCUCACAUGCGCCCCCCCCACCCUACCCUCACAUGCGCCCACCCUAAACCCACCCCACCCUCACAUGUGCCCACCUGUGACGAUGCGGGUUCUGCUCCACACUCCCAUGCAGCUUCAGGGAGCUCUUGAACUCGACACCGUCGGUAACGUUACUGAUGAGCUCACCAGUGAGGCACAACAAAUGGAGCAAGGGGAUGGUGUAAAAAAGUGCCAAGUGCUUUUAUUAAAAUCAACAACAAAACAUUCAAAAACAAAGUGUCCAGAUAAGUAAAGUGCAGUGCAUUAAUUCAUUAAAUAAAUAAUCCAUAAAAACAAGUGCUGAGUGGAGGUUAAAAAUCCAAUAAAUAGAAAAAAAAAAAAACGUUCCUUUAAAAUAAUGAGGUUAAAACAACGGCUGGAAGCAGUCCAUUAAAAACACAAAGCCCGUUGUCUUCUUUUACCUGGUGGCUCCCCUGCUUCUCCCAUCUGGGCUCCGCAACAGGAGAGUCGCCCUUCCUGCAGCAGACCUUCUUUCCAUUCCUGAUCUGGAGGCCUCCCGAUCCCUGGCUUCGGUUGUGCUCUCCAGACCGAGACUUAGGUUCCCCAAAGGCCAGGACGCUCACAUUGGGGAAUCCAUCACCCAAGUCUCCUGACUCCCACUGACUUCUCGGCCUUAUGCGGCCAGCCAUCCUUCUUCUGAUCACUCCCGCUCUCUACUAAAUGCUCAGCAGGAGCGACCAUUACCAACUGCCGUAGGUGUUGGCCUAACACCCCUGCUAGGGCUCACUGUCCAGCUGCCUGCCUGCGAGCCUUCGUUCACUCACACCGGCUCUCUCCUUGCUGCUUCCUGCAACCUCUAUUUCUUUUUCCUUCAUUUUUAUCUCUCCCUCUCCCACUAGCCGCCUCGUGCUUCCCUUUAUAACGGGGACGUGAUUCACCUGUGGCAAUCAGCGGCUCCCAGGAACAAUUACGGAUGCGGAUGACUCCUCAGCUGGUGCUCGCAUCACGAAUUCCCCGAGAACCGCUUGGCCACACACCACCACGGCCCCUCGCUAAGCCGCGAGAGCAGCGAUUAUUUAUUUAAAACUGGCCUUUUUGACGUGAGCUGUGGACCUGCUACACCACACCACCCUAAACCCACCCCACCCUGAAGCUAUCUAAGAAAAUGGAUUAAAUUAGAACUGGUGGAACACGCCAGUCACAGACAGGGCCCAGAGGUCCACACGCCCGGCUGAGGAAACAAAUCUAAUAGAAUAGUGUCGCAUUUGAAAUCGGGGGUUCGCUGUCAGCCAUGACAUGACCAUGGAGGUAAUGUUGUCCCAUUUACUAAUAGUUAUGUGCAGGUCCCCCAUUAAUCAGCAAGGUUGUCAAAAGAGAGUGGGCAUCGUGUUUGGAUUAUGAUGAAUGCUUGCUUUCCUACAUUUGCUUCUGCAUUUCUGUUUCUUCUGUGGCUGUGUUCUGCCAUGGCUUGUAACACCAUACAGAUGGCCGUUCAAAUCAUACGAUUAUUUCUUUCUUAAAUGGCACCGGCGUCUCGCUUAUUUUACAUAGACCACCAAGCAAGAUUCACGCCAAGUGGCAGCAUGAUGGUGAGGAGCGCACAGAGUAGUUUCAUUAUUCUUUGCACAAAGUCAAUGAAUCUGAACUGAAGUGCUUACACUGCAUUUUCUUUUUAUUAGAAGUCUUAGAGGGCGGCGCGGUGGUAGCGCUGCUGCCUCGCAGUAAGGAGGCCUGGGUUCGCUUCCCAGGUCCUCCCGAUGUGGAGUUUGCAUGUUCUCCCUGUGUCUGCGUGGGUUUCCUCCCACAGUCCAAAGACAUGCAGGUUAGGUGCAGUGGUGAUCCUAAAUUGUCCUUAGUGUGUGUGUGUGUGUGUGCCCUGCGGUGGGAUGGCGCCCUGCCCAGGGAUUGUUUCCUGCCUUGCGCCCUGUGUUGCCUGGGAUUGGCUCCAGCAGACCCCCGUGAACUUGUAGUUAGGAUAUAGUGGGUUGGAUGAUGGAUGGAUGGAUAGAAGUCUUAGGCUUUUAAAGAGCCGAGCCACUUGCACAUUGCACUUUUGUGUUGUGCACACACAUGAUUGAAGUAAAAAAAACUGAUAUACUCAGUCCGCCUUUUUCACUUUUAAUAACAGGGCAGAUUAAAGCACCUCACACCAAUUAUCGAAUGUUCAGUCGCGUGACGUGUCUCUCUUGUUGAGGAUAUGGUAAUAAAAGAACGGAGGACAGUUUUGAGUGAGUAAUCUCACUGGUACCAGUCAGUCCGUAAAUCACCGUUGAGGACGUGCAAACUUCAUGCAGAUCCUGAGGGUCUGAGGCAGGAAUGACAGCCCUGUGCUACCCCUCUGCUUCUGCUACAACGUCAGUACUAAACUUACUCAACUUCCGCCUGAUUAAAAUGAAACUUAUGUUGUCUGUCUUUCUUGUCACUUGAUUGCAUGCUGGCUGCGUGCGGCUCAGUCUUUUUCUCGCUCACACACACGUCUUCAUUAUCAUACCGGUGGCAGCUGCCAAUACCUUUGUGAAAUAUCAGAAUAAGUUUCUGUAUAGUGAAAGAGUGUGAGAAACUGUAAGUGUGACUGUUUAAGUUAUUAUUGUCUAGCGGUCUACAGAACAGAGACGGCCAUUAUCAUUCACGUUCAACAAUAUCGGUGACAGCACUUGGAGACGAAUCCACAGCAUGCGUAUGACGAGCAGCAAAAUGAAGUGCAAAUGGCUCGAUUUCACUUUUUUGUUGUUCUCAUAUUGACUCUGAUGCACUAUUUUAUUAUAUUUGUGCAAUCUCAUGGCACGGAUUGACACUCAAUUACCUCUUUGGCUUAAAAUAUUGGUAUUUUCUCAAAGUUUUAAGGCCUUUUUUUCACCCCGAUACCCUACAGCUCCACUAUACAACACACCAUGCUUCACUUUAGGACUCAGUUUUUAAUGUGGCAAAUUUUAUAUCAAGUAUGAUUUUGAAGAAAUAACUUUGACUUGAAAAAUUCAACUGUUAUGCUUUAAAUGUGUUCUCGUCUCCAUCCGUCUGUUUCCUGCAGCUGCUUUAUCUAAUUCCGGAGGCAGAGACUAUCAUGAUAAUGUCAAGGUGGAGGUAGCAAUCAGCUUAGUUAGUCGCAGGGCACACUCGGGCACAUGCCCGCGCUUAUCUUGGGGAACUUUAUUUGAAGAGGGUGCCCAGGCUGUGGGCCUCGUCAGUGGAGAUUUCUGAGGGGUGCUUGGAGAUGAAGGGAAGAAAAGCAGGGGUGUUAGCUGAGGUGGGAAUUGUCAAGGAGGCCCCAACACAAUAUUAUCGUGGUACGUUGGAUCACACUGUGAUAAUGUUAUUGUUGUUUUGUAAUAUAUUAAAUAUAGUGAUUAAUUUCUGUAAUGUGUUCCUCUUUAUUAUUCC